GACUUCAUCACAAAAAAAAAAAACAUAGACUUCAUCUUCUUCUUCAACACUUGUUGAGUCAACACAACAGCUUUCUUUCUGUACUUCUUCUUUUCUCAUCUCAUCUCAUCUCAACUCUUCUUCUUCUGUCUAUCCUCCCUCCCUUUUCUGUAACUAAACGAUGAGCUUAUCAUCUUGUUGGAGUCGCCCUAAGCAAAAAUCUGUAGAAAAUAAAACUCUUCCAAUGAUCAGUCUCACGGAUCCUCCUCCGACAAGACCCGCCCAAAACCCUAACACUAACCCUAGCUCCGUCCAAGCCGAUUCGAUAAUCUCAUCGCUCCUUUCAUUUCCCUCUUCCACUCCUUUCUCCAUCGCCUGCUCCUUCGAUCGUGAGCUCGAGAACGCUCUCGCCUCUGCUUCAGACGACGCCUCUGUUCAGGAUCGUCUCCUGAAUCGAACUAUCUAUCUCGCGUCGGUUCUUCUAGAAUCCACUAAACGACGCUUCCGCGAGAGAGCUUCUGCUCACAACGCCCUUUCGUGGGUCCUCCCUCCCGAACUCACAGUCAAGGUGUUUUCGAAGCUUGAUACAAAGUCUUUGAUGCAAGUGGCGGCGUGCUGCACCGUGUUUAACAAAUGUGCUAUGGAUCGUUCCUCUUACGCCCACAUCGACUUGACUACAGCUACCAGACAAGCUGAUAACGAAGUUGUAUGUACCAUGAUCCAUCGUGCUGGUAAAGAACUCAGAUCCAUCAAGCUUGGUCAUGUUAUUCGGCGAUAUGGACCUGAACCUAAUCCAAUGUGUUUUAAUGGACCUUUUCUUUACUCACUCUCCUAUAAUUAUGGUUUUCUUGGGAGGCAAUUGAGAAGCCUACGGCUUUACAAUAUCGGACCGAUGAACUACAAUUCAUUAAGCAACGUGUUGUCAGUUUGUUCGAGUCUCACUGAUCUGAGGAUUGUUGGAUCUUGUGUAUUUACGCAUCUAUUUAUGACCCUGUCAAAAAAAUGUCGUCUGAUAGAGCACCUGUGCUUAGUGAGCUCUCACCCCGUAGGUACAAUAGACGCGUCAGCAGGUUCACACUUGAUAGAGUUGGUGACCAAGUCCCCCUACUUAACUUCUCUAACACUCGUAGGUUUUCAACUAACCAAUGAAAUGGCCCGAAAUAUUGUUGAGAAUUCUCGAAGACUGAAGUAUCUGAAUUUGUCCAGAUCGCCUAAAAUCAAUGGUCAUUUUUUGAGGGAUUUGGGAAAUAGCUGCAAAGAGAGUCCACUUAAGACUCUAAUAAUGCGCAACUGCGUUAAACUAGAGGAGACAGAAGUCUUGGAACUUUGUAACUCCUUAAUGAAAGGAAACUUCAAAUUCAUUCGUCACAUUGAUGUUUCAAGCAACAACGGCUUAGUUUCUGAUGGUGGCGUGAGAUCUAGAUCUUACAACCCUACGUUUCCUCUGGAGAAGCUGAAAGAAGAAAGACCAGAUGUGACACUUGUGGCGGAUUUUCCAUUAGAAAGGUCAGGGAAGCGUUAUCUUGUGGAAGGGGAUGACGAAGAGCUGAGGGAGAUAGAGAUGAUGGAAGCCAAGAACGAUGAAGUUGAUGAUGAUGAUGAUGACGACUCGUUUGACGAUGACGAUGAUUGAUGAUUGGAGGAAUUGUUAAUCAAUAUAUACCAGCACGACCCGACAUAUAAAUGUUCUACCAAAGCUCUUUGCAACAUUUCUUGUCAUCAAACCUUGAGCUACAUUGCUAUGAUGAUGUUUUUUCCUCCAUCUAAAACCCUAAACUCUGGUUCCCUUCUUGUUGUUUCCCUAUUUUCUCAUUCCCCUUUGUUUCCUGAAUGCCCUUCGACUUCUAUUAGCUGCUGCUCCUUUGAUCAGGCAGGGGUUUGGUCAAGCUAUCUAUCUCCUCUGCUUCUGGUGAUGAUGACACAGUUCAUGAUUGUCUCAUCGAUCCUGAACUAUUUUGAAGUUAUUGUGUGAACUCUUAUUAUGAGUUGGUAUGUUCUGUGAA